AUGCAGUCAACGACUUGGAGAUUGACUUUCGAUCAGCGACAGCACCGACAGAGGACUUUCCCACCUCUGGCCUGGGUAUAUGCGUGUGAUCUAGAACGACCACGGACGACGACACCUCGCACACCCCGUACCCCUCCCCGACUGGUCACUCCCCGCCUCCCGGACUUACAGCAUUUGUAUCUUCCUUCGGUAUCUCUCUCGCUAUCGCCACUGCAGCUUACCCCUCCGACUCACACCCCCAACCCUCCUAGCCGUUCCGGAAACCCUGUGCAGACUAGAGUGGCCGUCUCAGACCCUGCGGCGUGGUUGGGUACACCAAGAGCUGGGGCGCUCCGCUCUCCCGUGCUAUUACCUCCGCCUCUGUGUCUGGAGAACCGCGAGGAUCAGCAGAGAGGACGCUCGCAUGACGCUCGAGGCGACCGCAGCCCGAAUCCGAUGCACCGUACGGCGCUUACACAGACCCCGCAGCCCAAUCUUCAGCGCCAGCGUAUCUCUCAGCCGUACCGGAUGGAGCAGGACUUGCCCGUCUCUCCUGUUGCUCGCGGACAGCCAAAGGUCUCCUCGCCGCUGCACCUUCAGCUGUCGGCACCUUUCUCACCUCUUGCCGUCUUCCCUCCUCGACCCACCCAGAUUACCCGUCCAUCAGCCAGCCCAACCACAGGGAAGACUUAUCCUCCCAUUUCCCCGUCCAGCCCCAACCCCACGGGACUCGUUCCACCCGCCCAGCUCUCGCAUCAUCCCCCCAUGCCACGGCUCACCCCAGCCCAAAUCCGCAACCUGCUAGACUUCCUGGAGCGUGCAGACCUGGAGAUCGAGCGGGGGUGUGCGAGAGUCAGCGAGGACCUGGGGGAGGUGAGGCGGGAGCUUGCACGCGUUAGACAGAUGAAGAGGUCGUAG